GAUAAGAUGGACAAUCUUCUGCCGAAAUUAGUGACACUUGGUUUGAGUGAACAAAAAGCAAAGGAGACUCUAAAGAAUGCAUCUUUGACAAAGACGUUUUCAUUAGCUCUAGCUGCUUUGGAUAAAAACAACAUAAAUGUCGCUAACUUACCUAAAGGAACUGGCCUUCUCAUUUAUCAUCUUUGUUCUAAAAUCAAGACUCAAUCUUUGAGUCACCUAGAAUUGUUGGUGUUAUUAAUCACAUCAAAUAAACUGGACACAACUGUUCGAGUGGAUUUUUCUCUGGAAUAUGUGUUAAACCAUGGAAUUAGUAACUCGCCUAUCAACGUGGCAGAACUUGAAAAGAAAUGUGGUGUAGGAAUUAUUGUAACACCUGAGGAGAUAGACAAAGCAGUUGAAGAAGUAAUCAAGAAGAAUAAAGCCGAAAUUACUGAACAAAGAUAUCGAUUCAAUGUUGGUAAAAUUUUGCAAGAAGUCAGAACGUCACUGCCAUGGGCUGAUGGAAAAGCAGUGAAAUCUGAAGUUGAUGUUCAAAUUUUUGAUUUGUUGGGUCCUAAAACGGAAGCUGAUUUAGCUCCACCACCAGCAAAAGGAAAAAAGCCUUCAAAACCUGCUGUUAAUGAAGUAAAAUCAAAGGUAACGAAUGUAACAAAUGCAGUUGAUGAUUCUGCUAUUUCAAUUAUGGAUUUGAUGAAAAACAAAGUUCAUUUCCAUGCUCCAGGUGAGAAUUACAAAACAGACGGAUACGUUGCUACUUCCAACACUGCUCGCUUACUAAAGGAACAUUUAGCAAUAACUGGGGGAAAAGUUCGCACAAGAUUUCCUCCCGAGCCAAACGGAAUCUUGCAUAUUGGUCAUGCCAAGGCAAUCAACAUUAAUUUUGCUUAUGCAAAGGCUCACAAUGGAAUUUGCUUUUUACGUUAUGAUGAUACGAAUCCAGAAAAGGAAGAAGAAAAGUUCUUUGUUGGUAUUAAAGACAUGGUGGAAUGGCUCGGCUACAAACCAUAUGCGAUCACUCAUUCAUCGGAUAACUUCCAGCAACUCUAUGAAUGGGCAGUUAAAUUGAUUGAAAAAGGUCUUGCAUAUGUUUGUCAUCAAACUGCUGAUGAAAUGAAAGGCUUCAAUACAGAAUUAAGUCCAUGGCGGGAUCGUCCAAUCCAUGAAAAUGUUCAACUGUUUGAAGACAUGAAGAAUGGAAAAAUCGAUGAGGGAGCUGCAACGCUUCGUAUGAAAGUAACUUUAGAAGAAGGAAAAGUGGAUCCAGUGGCAUAUCGAAUUAAAUUCAUUGCUCAUCAUAGAACUGGAAAUGAUUGGUGCAUUUAUCCAACUUAUGAUUACACGCAUUGCUUAUGUGAUAGCAUUGAACACAUCACACAUUCAAUGUGUACAAAAGAGUUCCAAUCGCGUCGAUCUAGCUACUACUGGCUGUGUAACGCUCUUGAUAUUUACUGUCCAGUUCAAUGGGAAUAUGGAAGACUUAAUGUCAAUUACACGGUCGUCUCAAAAAGAAAAAUAGCAAAACUUAUAGCUGAAAAUGUUGUCAGCGAUUGGGACGAUCCUCGUUUGUUUACACUCACAGCUUUACGUCGAAGAGGCUUUCCUGCUGAAGCUAUCAACAAUUUUUGUGCUAGAAUGGGUGUAACUGGUGCCCUUUCAACUGUUGAUCCGAUGAUGUUAGAAGCGAGUGUUCGAGAUGUUUUGAAUGACACUGCCCCACGUAGACUUGUCGUUCUGGAGCCUUUAAAAGUCACUAUAACGAAUUUUAUCUCAGAAAAAGCAGUUAAGCUUACAGUUCCUGAUUUUCCUGCCCAAACUGACUGCAAGUCAACUCACGAAAUUGUUUUUGAUCGUGUCGUGUAUAUCGAGAAUUCUGAUUUCAAAGAAAGCGCAGAGAAAGGAUACCGUCGUUUAUCGUUAACUCAAACUGUUGGACUUCGUCAUGCUGGUGUUGUAUUGAAAGUCAUUGAAGUUAAGAAAGAUGCAAAUGGGAAAGUUCUUGAAUUGAUUUGCUCCUGUGAAAAAGUGGAAACGUCUGAAAAGCCGAAAGCAUUCAUUCAAUGGGUUUCAAAUCCUCUUGAAAUUGAAGUUAGACUUUAUGACCGUUUGUUCUUGCAUAAAAAUCCUGAAGAUCCUAAUGAAGUCCCCAAUGGUUUCUUAAGUGAUUGCAACAAAGAUUCAUUAAAGAUUCUCAAAUCAUUUGCAGACAAAGCUAUAACUUCUGCAAAGAUUUACGAUAAAUUCCAAUUCGAACGAAUUGGUUUCUUCUCAGUUGAUUCUGAUUCAUCAAAGGAUAACUUGGUUUUCAAUCGAACUGUUUCUCUGAAGGAAGAUGCUGCCAAGGAUUUUGAAGAAGUUGUUGACAAGAUCUUACAGUUUUUCUUUAAUGAACUGGUUCACAAAAUUGUAAACUUUUUGACAUUAAUUUUCACAAGAUUCUUCGAUUUUUUAUUCAGCAUUGUACUGCGUUUUCACAAGAAGAAAAAGGAUCAAGAAACAUUUCAAACACUUUAUCAAAGCAGUAACUUCUUAAUUAUUAACAAAAAACAUGAUGUCCUUCUAAAUUCCAACGACAAAUCAAAGAAUACUGUAACAUCUCAACUCAAGAUACUUUAUCCAGAUGUUCUUGCACCAGAAAUUACUGAAUUUUUAUUUGCACAUCGUUUGGAUUUUGCAACAUCAGGAAUUUUAUGUAUUCCACUUAAUCGAAAAGCAUUUCAAGAACUCUGGGAUAGUUUGGAACAACAGAGAUUCUCAAAAUUCUAUUUUCUGGCAAUCGUCAAUGGCCAUGUCGAUUGUGAAACUGAAAUCAUAGAUAUUAAUAUCGGCGAGGAUACCAGAUACAAAGAUACAUCGAAGAAAAUGUGCAGCUCGAGAGAGAAACUCUAUUGCAAAAAUGCGAGGCGAAGUAUAACAAAAUUCUUAGUGCUUGAAAAAGGAUAUUUUAACGAUCGACCUGUAACAAAAUUGUUGCUGCUACCAUUGACAACUAAUCGAAGACAUCAACUCAGAAUUCACUGUUUGGAGAUUGGACAUCCUAUUGUUGGUGAUUAUACUUAUAAUACUUCCACAAAAAGCGACAUGAGACCUCCAAGAUUAUUCCUACAUGCUUUUAGAUUGGUUCUUCCAAACACGGAAACCAUCGACAUACAAACCGAAGAUCCGUUCACAGAAAGAAAACUGAAGUAUCGAUAUAAACGUGGCUCUAUUUUCAAUGAAAUUCCAACGGCUUUUGAUCUUAUCGACUCAAUAUAAAAAGAAUCUUAUAAAUGUUUAAUUAUAAACGCUUCUAGUCAUAAAUAAAAUUGAUCGACCUAUCAAAAAA